AUGGCUUCUUUUGAGCUGAAGACACUGGCCGCGCAGCAUGUUGGGCCCGCCGUUAUCAGGGAGGUGCUGGUCUCCCCACUUGGAGUAGUUGUUCUCCUCACGACUGGGGCUUCAUUUCUCAUCCUGGACUGUCGAAACGGACAGCUCCAGCUUCGCCACCGCAUCCAAGGGCAGCAAGCGGGCAUUACCGCCGUCGCACUCUCUGGAAAGGGUUCAGAACUUAUCGCGGGCGGCGCGGAUGGAUUUCUCAAGUGGUGGCACGUUCUGUCAGGCGAUGAAUCAUGCUCUACGCAGUUUCCCAUUGUACACCGGAGCCGCUCCGACCCGAUCAGUAAUGGCGCGCCUGUCCUUGCGAUCACCGCUGUUGCCUCCGUGAAGGGUGCUAAUCUUGUGGCGGCAGCAAGUGGGAGGUCUAUUUGCGUCUUCGGUCCCGGAGGCGAGCACUUGCACACUAUCCCAGGUUCAACGGAGCAAAUUCUAUCCCUCUCGUGGGCGACGCCCGACCUUUUGAUAGCUGCCGCGGGACCGGUGUUGAACACCUGGCAG